GUAGAGCAUCCCAAAACGUAGGCAGCAUCAAAAUUAUAGGACCAAUUUAUUUAAUAAGGAAAAUACUUAACCUGAGGCAACAUGGCAAGUUGAGUGUGGUUGGUGAAAUGGACAAAAAUAAUAUAUCAAUCUCAACUUCUAUCGUAUUCUACUACUAUACUACUAAUCACACACGUGUAUCUUUCUUUUAAUAUUGCAUUAAUUUUUUAUAUUAGUCUUAUAAUUGUACUAAUUAACAUGUCUACUCCUCGUUCUGUUGGUAAGGAUGUUGCAUAAAAUAUGCAAGAUUUAAGGUUCGAAUCCAGGACACAAAAAGAAAUCAACAUGUCUUCAUUUUCUUGAAUAGAUAGAUACCUUCAUCUAGGCAUAUAAGUUGUAUAGAUAGAUACCUUCAUCUAGGCAUAUAAGUUGUAUAGAUAGAUACCUUCAUCUAGGCAUUCUUCUAUAGCUCCUAGUUUAACCACCAUAAUGGAGCUACACAAUAUUUUCUCUAAUAUCACCUUCAUGGCCUCCUUUCUCUUCCUUUUGGUGCUACUAAAAAUAGUUAAAAGAUGGAGUUGUAACAAUCCUACUAUUAACUCACCGCCUGCACCAUGGACUUUGCCCUUUAUAGGAAACAUACAUCAAAUUAUCACUUCCUCACUUCCCCAUCACCGGUUCAAGAUUUUGGCAGAUAAAUAUGGACCCUUAAUGCUGCUAAAACUAGGAGAGGUACCACACCUAAUAGUUAGUUCACCAACAAUGGCCAAAGAGAUUAUGAAAACACAUGACCUUACCUUUUGUGAUAGGCCUAACCUUCUUUUGUCCACAAUAUUUACUUACAAUGCUUCUGAUAUUGUAUUCUCUACAUAUGGAGAACACUGGAAGCAACUGCGAAAGAUAUGCGUUGAACAACUUUUAAGUGUUAAACGUGUCCAAUCGUUUAGAUCGGUAAGAGAAGAAGAAGUGUUAGAUCUUGUUAAAUCAAUAUUUUCAAGUGAAGGAUGUGUUGUUAAUCUCACUCAGAAGAUUUCUUCUUUAACAUAUGGGAUAGUGGCGCGAGCAGCUUUCGGGAAAAGGAACAAACACCAACAAGUGUUCAAAUCAGCAAUAGAGGAAAUAGUGAGUUUGUUGGGAGGAUUUUGUAUUGUUGAUUUGUAUCCUUCUAUCAAAAUACUUAAAAGGGUAAGUCAGGUGAAAACCAAAAUGGAAAAACUUCAUAGGGAAAUUGAUAUGAUAUUGCAAGAUAUCAUAGAUGAUCACAGAAAUGGACAAAACAAAGCACGCAAGGAUGAAGAUCUAGUUGAUGCUCUUAUCAAGAUUCAACAAGAAAGUGAUUACCCACAAAAUUCAUUGACUGAUGACAAUAUAAAAUCAAUCAUCCAGGACAUGUUUGCUGCUGGUAGCGAAACAUCGUCUGGGAUUGUGUUAUGGGGAAUGUCUGAGAUAAUAAAAAACCCAAAGGUGAUGGAAGCAGCACAAGCUGAGGUAAGAAGUGUUUUUGAUAGAAAGGGGUAUGUAGAUGAAACGGAGUUGGAUCAAUUAAUAUACUUAAAUUCUGUCAUCAAAGAAACACUGAGGCUGCAUCCUAUUGUACCAUUGUUGAUUCCUAGACAAAGUAGGGAAAAAUGUCGAAUCAACGGGUAUGAUAUUCCAGCUAAGACAAGGGUUGCUGUUAAUGUUUGGGCAAUUGGAAGAGAUCAAAGGUAUUGGGUUGAAGCUGAGAGUUUCAAACCUGAAAGGUUUUUUAAUAGCCCAAUUGAUUUCAAAGGCAUGAAUUUCGAAUACAUACCAUUUGGUGCUGGAAGGAGGAUUUGUCCGGGCAUUGCAUUUGGCAUACCCAACAUUGAGUUGCCUCUUGCUCAAUUACUUUACCAUUUUGAUUGGAAGCUUCCCAAUGAAAUGAAGAAUGAAGAUCUAGAUAUGACCGAGUCAUUUGGGAUUACAAUAAGAAGAAAAAAUGACCUGUGCUUGAUUCCAGCUACACGUCGCCCUUAAUAUAUGUAUUGGCUAUGCAAAAAAAACUUCACAAUGAGUUUAAUUUCCUUCAACUA